AUGCAGAUCUUCGUCAAGACCCUCACCGGCAAGACCAUCACCCUUGAGGUGGAGUCCUCUGAUACCAUCGACAACGUCAAGUCCAAGAUCCAGGACAAGGAGGGCAUCCCCCCCGAUCAGCAGCGUCUCAUUUUUGCUGGCAAACAGCUUGAGGACGGCCGCACCCUGAGCGACUACAACAUCCAGAAGGAGUCUACCCUCCACCUGGUUCUCCGCCUUCGUGGUGGUAUGCAAAUCUUCGUCAAGACCCUCACUGGCAAGACCAUCACCCUCGAGGUGGAGUCCUCUGAUACCAUCGACAAUGUCAAGUCCAAGAUCCAGGACAAGGAGGGUAUCCCUCCCGACCAGCAGCGUUUGAUCUUCGCUGGCAAGCAACUUGAGGACGGCCGCACACUCUCUGAUUACAACAUUCAGAAGGAGUCUACUCUUCACUUGGUGUUGCGUCUUCGUGGUGGUAUGCAAAUCUUCGUCAAGACUCUGACCGGAAAGACCAUUACCCUCGAGGUUGAAUCGUCAGACACCAUCGACAACGUCAAGUCGAAGAUUCAAGACAAGGAGGGCAUUCCUCCUGACCAGCAGCGCUUGAUCUUCGCCGGAAAGCAAUUAGAAGACGGCCGUACCCUGUCCGACUACAACAUUCAGAAAGAGUCGACUCUGCAUCUCGUCCUUCGUCUUCGUGGAGGUAUGCAGAUCUUCGUCAAGACCUUGACCGGAAAGACAAUUACGUUGGAGGUGGAGUCUUCGGACACGAUCGACAACGUGAAGUCCAAGAUCCAGGAUAAGGAGGGUAUCCCUCCCGACCAGCAGCGUUUGAUCUUCGCUGGCAAGCAACUUGAGGACGGCCGCACACUGAGUGACUACAACAUCCAGAAGGAGUCGACGCUUCACCUCGUCCUCCGUCUGCGUGGCGGCCAAAAACUCCUCCGUCCUCACAAGAUCACGACUGUCGCAGCCAUCGUUCAGCAGCGGGCGGCCGGUAAGGCUGAGACAGGCUAUGCGGUCUUUCUUCUACCACUUGAAACGAAAGGAAAGGCCCGGCAAGCAGAAUCGGUCGAUCGAAAUCUCUGGCUUCCUCCGAAAGGCGCCAACAUCUUCGCCGAACUUCCUGCGCAUUCGAAGAAGGCAUUCCCGAAGCCGAAGCUCCCACAUCGCCCCCAGAUCUCGCCACUGCAACCUGUCGACCCCCCUUGCGUCGCCGAAGCCUACCUAGAACCUCCUUUGCAAGCGCCUACCGAGAGUCCGUCCCCCAAUCUCAUCGAUUGUGGUCCUUCGAGAGCGCCGGUCAAGGAGGACAGUGGCAGCAACAUCGUCAGAUUAUCCGAGAGGCAGUGGAAGGCGCGCACGCAUAGCUUCCCUCCACCGACUUCUUCGGCUGCGAUCCGACCAGAGACUGCUAUCAGGGACUGGCGAUUCGGACAGGUCAGCAUCGAGAGCAUCGACGUCGACCUGGAAGGCGACGUACACACGGAACAGAUGGCGGCCGAGGCAACGACUUCGACGGCAGACUUGGGUGUCGGCCCGACAUUUGGCGGCACGGGAACGUCUACUAAGGCGAAGUACGUACCGCUGGAGACGAAGAAUACAGAGGUUGGCUGGGGAGUGGUGCAUUUCUACCGCGAAGAGGAGGACACUCCUGGCCUGGGACUGCCGCCUUCAGAGGAAGAGGGCGUCGAGGUUGCUGAUUGCACGACCCUGUGCAUACCUGCAGUCCCUAGCUACCUCAGCCCGGGCGACUUUCUUGGGUACGUCGGUGAAAAAUGGAGAGAUGACAUCAGUCACUACAGGAUGGUCAUGACGGCCAGGCUGAACAGGUACCUUGUGCUACUGAAGUUCCGGAACAGCAAGAGGGCACGCGAGUGGCAGAAGGAAUUUGACGGGAAGGUCUUCAAUAGCAUGGAGGCGCAAGUCUGCCACGUCGUUUUUGUCAAAUCGAUCACGUUUGAAACGCCCACGAGAGAGAAUCGCACGUUUCCCGACCUCAACCACGACCCAUUUACGCCUUCGUCGUCAGCCGCCGCCGCCUCGAGCAGCUUGAAGCCCUUUCCUCCACCGACGCCGAACCUUGUCGAACUGCCAACUUGUCCCGUUUGCCUCGAGCGCAUGGACGAUACAACCGGCCUGAUGACUAUCCCCUGCCAGCACGUCUUCCACUGCACCUGCUUGCGAAACUGGAAAGGCUCGGGAUGCCCAGUCUGUCGACACACAAAUCCGGAUACAGCGUAUGAUCCUUCGAACCCCUACACACAGCCGUUCGGGUCGUCGGUGUCGAACCUAUGCAGCGUGUGCGAUUCCACCGACGACCUAUGGAUCUGCCUCAUUUGCGGCAACGUGGGCUGCGGCCGGUACAAGGGUGGACACGCCAAAGACCACUGGAAGGAGACAGCGCAUAGCUUCGCUUUGGAGCUGGAGACGCAGCACGUGUGGGACUACGCCGGCGAUACGUGGGUCCACCGUUUGAUCCGUGACAAGGGCGACGGCAAGGUUGUCGAGCUUCCGGGGAGCAACGUACACCACCAUAGCCCUGCGAGUGGCUACGAGGACACCGUCCCACGGGCGAAGUUGGACAACAUUGGCCUGGAGUACACGCACCUCCUGGCAAGCCAGCUCGAGUCGCAGCGGGUAUACUUUGAGGAGAUGCUCAGCAAAGUGGCAGACAAGGCCGCCAAAGCCGCCGCGACAGCCGAGUCCGCCUCAGCGCAGGCAUCAACGGCACUCGAAGAGAACGCAACCCUCAAGGCGGAACUGGUGCGUCUCCAGACGCAGGUCAUCCCCCAGCUGGAGCGCGACGCGGAGCGGGACCGCACCAAGGCCGUCAAGGCCCAGGAGCUCGCACGGAACAUGGGCAAGGCCCUGCAGGAGGAGAAGCAGGUCACGCAAGGGCUGAUGAAGCGCGUGGAGCACAACAACGCCGAGGUCGAGGUGCUUCGCAAGCGGGACGGUGAGCACAAGGUGCAGAUCGCGGAGCUGGAGGAGAUGAACCGCGACCUGACCAUGUUCAUCUCGGGUCAGGAGAAGCUCAGAGAGUUGGAGACCGAGGGAAAGGUCGAGGCGGGGGAGGUGGCGGAGGGGAGCGUGAGCGUCCCCGAGAGGAAGGGGAAGCGGAGGGCGAAAAAGUGA